CUCACUAUAAAUUACUGUUUUCAAUUGACGUGGAAAAUACUUACUAAAGUAACUAUAAGUAAAAGAGUGAUAUUUAACAAUUUAAACUUAAUUAAGAUGACUUUGUUUUAUUGUAUUUUAUUUAUAAUAGCUGUUAACGGCAUGAAUGAAAAGUUAUUCCAAGGAAUCAAUAAACAAUCUUAUCAGGAAGAAAUUACACUGGAAUCUUUGAUACCUCAAGAAUUGAUAUCGUUGAAUACUCAUCUGAGCAAAAUUAAACCAAAAGAGUGUAAUAACAUCGGUAGCUGUAUGAAAUAUAUCGAUAACACUACUGACGAAAUGAUUCACGGAAUAGCAAGUGAGGUUCACAAAACGUUCAGUUCGACUAUGCAGAAAUACACGCAACUGGCUUAUUUGAUAAUUAUUUCGAGUAUAACAGACGACAAGGACGUGAAUAUGACCAAUUGGGUGAAUCUUUUGUCGUUAAAAUCACAUAAUGGACACCGUUUAUUAGAGUAUAUUUACAGAACUAACAUACAGUACGAUAGCACACUAUUCAAAAUUUAUUUGUUUUUUAGUGAUCUAGAAAACAUUUUUACUGCUUCUGUUGAUAAACCAUACACGAAUGAAAAAUUACUUCAAUUAAUCGAAGAUAAAACUAAUAUUCCUAGACCAUCCGAUAAAAAUGGAGUUUACGAAGAACUACUACAUAAUAUUUAUCAAAUGCAGACAAAAAUCAGUCAACUGUCUGACAGGUUUUGUUCAAUUACUAAUUCGUGGUUUCAUCCACAUAAUUUAAAAUUUAAAAAAGUUAUUUACAAUGCAGGAAAACCGUUAAUAGAACGUAUUGACAACAAUUAUACUCAUCUUGAACAUAAACAAGUAUUUUCUAAAUGCAACAAAUCAAAGUGGUACGAUUGUAUAAGAUCUGAAAAUGAUAUGGAAGUUUUAUUCCAGUUUUCAAACUUAGUAAUUACAUCAAUGAUUCAAGAAGUUGCACAGAGUGUAGUUACUGAUUUGGAUGUAAUUAGUUAUGCGCUUAAUGAUUUGAAGAAUAAAAUCUCAAAUGGUUUGGAUGUAAAUAAUGAUAGUAUUAGUCGACAUAAAUCUAAUAAACUAAGAAUAAUGAUACAGAAAUAUUUAAACGAUUUACAAAAUAUUAACAAUUUAAUUUUUGAAAAACAUGGAAUAAAAGUGGAAAUAAAUAACGACUUAUUCGAAAAAAUAAAAUACAUUUUUAAUGAGCUUUAUAUAAAAUUAGAAAAUUUUUUAAAUCAAAAAAAUGUAUUGAAUAUAAUUAAGGAUUUAAGAAACAAAAUUCAAAAAUAUAGGGAAAUCAUAUCAGAGAAUAAUAAUGACUUUUAUAUGACCAAUCUAUUAAACCAAAUCACUUGGAAUAACUUUACGUCAUGUUUACAUGGUAACAUGAGUUUUAUAUCACAGUUUAUUUUAAAAUUAUUAGUAUAAAACAAAAGUAAAAAUAAUCGAUUAUACAUACGAUAUAUAUAUACAUGAAUAUUUUGUGCAAAAAUUUUAAUUUAUAAAAUAUUUACUUAUAAAAAAAGUCAUGUUCAUUAGCUUAUAAUACAAAUAAUAUCUUAAUAAAUUGUCAAAAAUUUAAAUGAAUUAAUAUAUUUAUUUAAUAUUUGAUAAAACAUUGAUAUUUAUUUAGGGAUAUAGUGAAUAAAAAGUUUUUGAGUAAUUUUUAUGAACCAAAAAAAAAACCCGGCACAGUGAGGUCUUGGCAUAGUUGGGUCCAGUAUAGAUGAUAUCUGAUAGUGAUUAAAAUCACUAUCAUAAAAAACGCUUCGAUGCAAAUCUAUAGAUAGUGUUUAAUUUAAAAAAAAAAUUUGUCAAAAAAGUAGGUCAAGUGAGAGCUGAGAAAAUAAAUGAUAGCUACAAAAAAAAAACACAUAGUAAAAUAAUAUUAAUAUGAAUUUCUUCUCACGAGAGGACACUACAGUAAUGGGAUC